CCCAUUCCCAUCACAAGCAACUCUGUAAUACUCAAUCAUGUAAACACAAUGGCGAUGGCCAACACCAUACCACCACUGCUCAUUCUGAAGCCUGGCAUCCAAGAGCUACUGCUCAACAACAUGUCUGGACCCGAGUCCAGCUCCAAUGAUGCCAGUCCUCCCAACGCACUCAAUGGCAGCAGCAGCAACAACAUGAUGACCAAAUCAAUCAUGGUGCCAACGACAUUAUCAAAUCACGUCAACGCGAAACAAGCGCUCACCAGUUCUGGCGGCGCGAUGAAGUUCACCAAGUCGCCCAACAGGAACGCGAUCAACAACAAACCAUUGUCCUCCUCGGGUGGCUCGCCAGGCGCUGGCGCCAACAACCCACUACGCAAUCAACUCAACUUUACUCAUCGCACGGCCAACUUCUCGUUGGGCGAGCAACGCGACCAGAAUGUCAAGGCGCUGAUGCAGCGCCGCAAACUGACGCAGAUCCAGAUCGGCUCGCUACUGGGCAAGCCGUUGUGCUGGAGCAACGGGGAGAACGAGAUCAAGGACUUCCGCACAAAGAUGGAGACCAUAUUCAACUUCAACGAGAUAGACCUGCGCGACCGCGUCAAGAUUACGCUGGCAUCGAUCACCACCUGCAGUGGUGCCGACCCGCUGCUACCUUCCUCCUUCCACAUACGAUUCUACCUGCCGCCCGACAACCACUCUACCACCAUCAGUGUCAACGGCAUUGACCUGAUCAGUGAGAUCAUUGAGCGAGUGAUCGCCAAGCAUCACACGACAAAGAUGCUUCAGGAUCAGAAGCCGUCGGACUUUGUCAUUAGGAUCACGGGCACCAGCGAUCACGUGCUCAAGGACUGCCAGGUUAUGGAUCUGGAUGUCGUGCGCAAUCGAUUGCAGCGCAAGAAGGACAUCAAGUUCAGUCUGGUGCAUCGAUCGUCCAUCCCCGACUGCUACAUCGAUGGCCACAGCGAGCCGAUCUGCCACCUGCCCA